AUGGCGGCGCGCGGCGUGGGGCUGUUGACCCGCUUGCCACUGUGUGUCCAGAGGAGAAGUGGAGUCCAGCGUCCUGGUUUCAGGCUUCUCAGUUGCCCAGGAACUGUGGCCGAAGACCUCAGGAGAGAAGAGCCGCUUUCGGGGAGCGCGGAGACAGGUGAUGGCGCCGUGGCCUCGGUUCACUCUGUUGCCCGGUCCCACGGCGGGCGAGGGAAGGGGGAAGAGGCAGGGGCUGCGGGCGAGCGUGUGGCUUGUGGAAACGGCCGUGGAACCCUUGGCAAGAGGGUAGAUGAUCAGCUGAACACUCUGCUGAAGGAAUCCGAGCUGACAGAGGAGAACACUAGGCUCCGAUAUCUCACCUGCUCUCUUAUCGAAGAUAUAGCAGCUGCGUAUUUUCCGGACUGUAUAGUCAGACCCUUUGGCUCUUCAGUGAACACUUUUGGGAAAUUAGGAUGUGAUUUGGACAUGUUUUUGGAUCUAGAUGAAAUUGGAAAACUCAGCACUCACAAGUCCUCAGGAAAUUUUCUGAUGGAAUUUCAAGUGAAAAAUGUUCCUUCAGAAAGAAUUGCAACUCAGAAGAUCCUGUCUGUGAUAGGAGAAUGCCUUGACCACUUUGGCCCUGGUUGUGUGAGUGUACAAAAAAUACUAAAUGCUCGCUGUCCACUUGUGAGGUUCUCACACCAGCCCUCUGGAUUUCAGUGUGACCUGACUACUAACAACAGGAUUGCCUUGAAAAGUUCUGAACUCCUUUAUAUAUAUGGUGCCCUGGACUCAAGAGUCAGAGCCUUAGUGUUUAGCAUACGAUGUUGGGCUCGAGCACAUUCAUUAACGAGUAGUAUUCCUGGUGCGUGGAUUACAAAUUUCUCCCUUACAAUGAUGGUCAUCUUUUUUCUCCAGAGAAGAUCACCCCCUAUUCUUCCAACACUAGAUUUGCUAAAAACCCUAGCAGUCUUAUGA